CACUAGUCAGGCUUGCGGUUCCUCUAGCCGCUCCGAGAAUCAUUACUGCGGAGAACGCCGAAGGGAAGCAUGCUGGAGCUCCAGAGGCCGGGCCACCCGGAGCAUGGUCCAUGCGCAGGAGCUGCAGUUUGAGCGCCUGACGAGGGAGCUGGAGGCGGAGCGGCAGAUUGUGGCCAGCCAGUUGGAGCGAUGCAAGCUGGGAUCUGAGACUGGCAGCAUGAGCAGUAUUAGUUCAGCGGACGACCAGUUUCGUUGGAAUAAUCAAGACAGACAGAAGGACAUCGAGGAGGAACUGACCACAGGCCUGGAACUAGUGGACUCCUGUAUCCGGUCUCUUCAGGAAUCUGGGAUCCUGGACCCUCAGGAGUUUUCGACAAGCGACAGACCAACCCUCCUGUCCCAGAGUUCCUUGCAGCUGAACGCCAGCGCGGAGGGCUCCUUUCCAUACUCCUCGGGGUACCACAGCAGCCAGACGCUGGCCCUGAGUGACACGGCGGCCCCCCAGCUCCCCACGCGCAGUGGGCAAGUCGGGGGGGCCGUGCACAGCUACAACCAGGUGACGUCCAGUCGCGCAGCCCAGCUGGCAGGGGAGGCCUCGCAGUCACAGUCACAGGACUCCUUCGCGCCGAGCCACGGCAGCGCCUUCCACCUGCCGGACUUGCCGCCCGCACUGCCAACACCCAUUUAUUACUCCUGCGCCACUCUGCCGGCGCAGCGUGUGAGCUCACCGCUGUCGGUGCAGGCGGCCGGCUCCCCUACGCGGUUGCAGCGGUUGGCGUCAGUCUCCGACGCGCCCGGCUAUGCCACCCUGCAGCGCAUCUCCUCGCCCAAGCCGUCACCCAGCCGGCUCGCCAAAUCCUACAGUGCCAGCUCCCCGGGGAACGCGGCGGCGACCUCAUCGUCCGGGCACGCUGGUGCCUCGCCACCUCACGUCUCCAGCUCCUCGCCCCUGCAUCAGCUGAGCUCCAUCAUUGGCAGCUACGCCACGCUGUCCCCCACCAAGCGCCUGGUGCACUCUUCAGACCAGUACAAGAUUUCCCACGACCUGUACGCCAAUGCCACCCUCCAGCGACCCGGCAGCCUCGCAGGAUCCAGGGGGUCCUACAGCAGCCAGCACAGCCAUUUGGGGUCUGAGGUUCGACCCCUGCAGUCUCCAGAGCACCACAUCGACCCGAUCUAUGAGGACAGAGUCUAUCAGAAGCCCCCGAUCCGGAGCCUGAGUCAAAGCCAGGGAGAUCCUCUGCAGCCAGGCACUUACCGAACCAAUACAGCCCCGCCCUCCCCUGGUGUGGACCCCACCCCCCUGCAGCGCACAGGCAGCCAGAACGCCGCCGGCGCCGCCUACCAGCGCGGCAGCUACGCCGCCGGCCCUGCCACCGCCGCCUACGCCGACCCGUACCGCACGCUGCAGUUCUGCCCCUCCACGGACUCUCCAUACAGCAAGUCAGGCCCCACGCUGCCCCCGGAGGGCACGCUGGCCAGGUCGCCCUCCAUCGACAGCAUCCAGAAGGAUCCCAGUGGGAUCCAGCAGAUCGCAGCUGUGCGAAUGUACGACCCCGAAUUCCUUGUCUGGAAUCAAAAUCAAGCCGAGAAAAGAAUGACAAAGGAGUUCGGCUGGAGGGACCCGGAGCUGCCGGAGGUGAUCCAGAUGCUGCAGCACCAGUUCCCCUCGGUCCAGUCCAACGCCGCCGCUUACCUGCAGCACCUGUGCUUCGGGGACAACAAGAUCAAGUCGGAGAUCCGGCGCCAGGGGGGCAUCCAGUUGCUGGUGGACCUGCUGGACCACCGGAUGAGCGAGGUGCAUCGGAGCGCCUGCGGGGCGCUGCGCAACCUCGUCUACGGCAAGGCCAACGACGACAACAAGAUCGCCCUGAAGAACUGUGGUGGCAUCCCUGCAUUGGUGCGGCUCUUACGCAAGACGACGGACGUGGAGAUCCGCGAGUUGCUCACAGGUGUGCUGUGGAACCUGUCGUCCUGCGAUGGUCUGAAGAUGCCCAUCAUCCAGGACGCACUGGCCGUGCUCACCAACACGGUGAUCAUCCCGCAUUCCGGAUGGGACACAUCCCCCCACCAGGAGGACCGCAAGCUGCACCUGCACUCCUCGCAGGUGCUGCGCAAUGCCACCGGCUGCCUGAGGAACGUGAGCUCGGCAGGGGAGGAGGCCCGGCGGCGCAUGCGGGAGUGCGAAGGCCUCACCGACGCGCUGCUCUACGUCAUCCAGACUGCGCUGGGCAGCAGCGAGAUCGACAGCAAGACCAUCGAGAACUGCGUGUGCAUCCUGAGGAACCUGUCGUACCGCCUGGCCGCUGAGACCUCACAAGGCCAGCAGAUGGGCACUGAGGAGCUGGACGGCCUGCUGUGUGGUGAUGCCGGAGGCAGCGGGGGCGGGGGCAAGGACGGCGAGAGUUCGGGCUGCUGGGGCAAGAAGAAGAAGAAGAAGAAGGCCCAGGACCAGUGGGAUGGUGUGGGGCCCCUCCCAGACACCGCCGACCCCCCUAAAGGCAUCCAGAUGCUGUGGCACCCCUCCAUCGUCAAGCCCUACCUCACACUGCUGUCCGAGUGCUCGAACGCCGACACACUAGAGGGCGCCGCCGGGGCACUGCAGAACCUGGCUGCCGGGAGCUGGAAGGUAGGCCCUACGUGGUCGGUGUACAUCCGUGCGGCUGUGCGCAAGGAGAAGGGCCUGCCCAUCCUGGUGGAGCUGCUGCGGAUAGACAACGACCGCGUGGUCUGCGCUGUGGCCACCGCACUCAGGAAUAUGGCGCUGGAUGUGAGGAACAAGGAGCUCAUCGGUAAGUACGCCAUGCGUGACCUGGUGCACCGCCUCCCGGGGGGCAACAACAACACCAGCAGCGGCGGCGGAGGCACAGCCAACGGCGGCGGCGGCUCCAAGGCCAUGUCCGAUGACACAGUGACGGCCGUCUGCUGCGCCCUGCACGAGGUCAUCACCAAGAACAUGGAGAACGCCAAGGCGCUGCGAGACGCCGGCGGCAUCGACAAGCUCAUCGGCAUCGCCAGGAGCAAGGGCGACAAGCACUCUCCCAAGGUGGUGAAAGCAGCCUCUCAGGUCCUCAGCAGCAUGUGGCAAUACAGAGACCUACGCAGCCUCUACAAAAAGGAUGGAUACGCGCAGUAUCACUUCGUUGGCUCUUCCUCGACCAUCGAGAGGGACCGGCAGCGGCCCUAUUCCUCUUCCCGCACCCCCUCCAUCUCCCCGGUGCGGACAUCCCCCAACAAUCGCUCAGCGAGCGCUCCGGCCUCGCCCCGCGAGAUGACCAGCCUAAGGGACAGGAAAGCAGACUACGAAUCGACCGGGACCAAUGCCGGUUUCCAUGGAAACAAGGGGGAGCACACCUCCCGGAAGGACGCCAUGGCAGUUCAAAUCACAAGCGGAACCUCAACGUUGUUCAGGAACUCAUACGUGACCCCUAAUGAAGACAUCAAACACACCCAGGUCCCUCUGCCUCUAAUCCAGGUCCCUGCUCAGCCCAUACCCCAGGACGGAGGCAGGAAGGACUACGAGGUGUACCCCCCCUUCCAGAACUCCACUCGGCAUUUCGAGGAGUCCUUCUUCGAGGACCCCACCCACCCACUCCCACGCCCCCCGCCCGCCACAGACUUAAACAUGCACCUGGGCCUCAAGUCCACCGGCAACUAUGUGGACUUCUACUCAGCAGCUCGGCCCUACAGCGAACUCAACUACGAGACGAGUCACUACCCGGCCUCUCCAGAUUCCUGGGUGUAGGGGGCCGCGUUCCCACCAGCGGCCAGGGUCUUGGAGUAGAUUGGGAGUUGGGAGAGGGUUUCUUGGGGUGGGGGCUUGCUGACUGAGCAUGUGCAUGAAUACAUGAAGACAUCUUUUUUCCCCCAGCCAGUUUAGUUUGUCGGAGUUUGUUUUUCAUAGAGAGGGUCUAGUGAGGUCUUUUAGCGGGAGGUGUAUGGGGGGGAGGGGGUUGUUUAAGUCGACUCUUAGCAAAAUAUGAGGCAGGCAGGGAAGGGAGGGGAGGCACAUGAAGCCAAGAUGGAUUUAGCACUGGGGGAAGCUGGGAGGUGGUGGACUGCUGAGGAUGUGCAGAGGGCAGGGGGCAGAGGUAAGAGGGCAGGGGACAGAGGUAAGAGGGCAGGGGACAGAGGUAAGAGGGCAGGGGGGCAGAAGUAAGAGGGCAGGGUAGCAGAGGGCAAGAGGGCAGAAGUAAGAGGUCUGGAGGACAGAGGGCAGGGGGGCAGAAGUAAGAGGGCAGGGUAGCAGAGGGCAAGAGGGCAGAAGUAAGAGGUCUGGAGGACAGAGGGCAGGGGGGCAGAAGUAAGAGGGCAGGGUAGCAGAGGGCAAGGGGGCAGAAGUAAGAGGG